AUGGACAAUCAUAUGUUUCUUCUGAAUCCUUUUGGAUUCUCUGACAUGAUUGAAAUCCCGACUAAUGGUCAAUCGGGUGGUAUGGUGAUUCUCUGGAACCAUGAUCUUGUUAAUAUUCACAGCUUCGUACGCAGGAGUCGAGAAAUCAGUGCUACCAUUGAGGAGAAAGGCCUUCUACUUCGGCAUAACUUCAGGGAAGAAAAUGCAAUUGCGGAUUCUCUAGCAAAGGAAGCAAAAAAACAAGAAAACAAACAAUAUUUGCCGGGGAGAACAAAAUUAUUUGUUGCACCGCCGUUUUUUGUGGAUCAAAUGCUUACCAAGGAUAUGAGGGAGGAAUGCAAAUCUUUAAAACAACUACCUAUUUCUGUUUGUACUAUGCUUAGAACCCUAGGAAACCAAAACAUUGCAAGUGAUAUUAACUUUUUGCAUGUAGGGCCGUCUUGCCCCAAUGUCAUUACAAGUGAUACUAUGUUAUGUGAUAUGUUGAAUGAUGCUUAG